GCCCUGGCCGCUGCCUGUCGCAAGCCAGAAAUCUCUUAGUCUUAGUCUUAGAUGAAUUCUUGGAUCCACUUCAUCGUAUCAGGUGGAUCGCUGUAGACCAAUUGGACAGGAAGUCGAACAGUCCUGUAGAGAGGAAUUCACGUGUAAAAUCAAAAAAUGGCUUUUCUUGAGUUCGAGGACAAGGCAGGCAAAUGGAGCAUCUCUCAAAACCUUGCGACGACAUUAGAGGAACUAGCAGCUUGGAAAGAGGGUGAUGCUGCUAUUGCACACGUUUUUUUGAAGAAAGUUGCUGGGACUACGGAAAAUUCGUGCGCUGGCCCUGGUCGUCGAACAGCUUUGCAUCUGGCAGUAAGGCGUGGCAAUGUCGAUGCGGUCAAGUUUCUACUAGACAAAGCCACGGUAGACGUCAAUGCCCAAGAUGGAUGGGGUGACUCAGCAUUGCUGAUGCUCUGUGAGUUAGCUGGUGGUGGCGGUGGUGGUUCCUCGUCAUCAUCAACGAGCACUAAAAGGGGAGAAGAUCAUGGGAACACAAAAGAUGAUGGAGAAGCACCUUCCAAUUUCACAGAAGGCGUGCUGCUCACACUCCUCAAAUGCCUGUUGCAAAGGGAGGACUUAGACCUGAACCUGCAAAACGAGAUGGGAAGUACCGCUUUGCACCUUUUAGCCCAACAAAACGCAUCGAGGAAAGUGCUGGAACUGUUGUUUCAGAAGAAGACGUUAGAUGUGAAUGCGGAAAACCUACGUGGGGAAAGUGCGCUGAUGGUAGCAGUGGCCUCCGGAUCCACGACGUUCGUGGAAUUGAUGGUCGAUGCGUUUGGUGGCGAUCUAGACCUCUCCCUACAAGUCGACUUGGGGAAGGAAAAAUCGUUGAUGUUAUGAAGAUGAAAUUGGUGAGAUAUUACUUCUUAGAUAGAAGUACAAGUAGUUGUAAUCGUUGUACUUGUAGUAUGUUGUAAUCGUUGUACUUGUAGUUGUAGUAUGUUGUAAUCGUUGUACUUGUAUGUUCUAAGCAGCAGAUUAGGUGGAUUAUGUUGUAAUCGUUGUACUUGUAUGUUGUAAGCAGCAGAUUACGAUUAGGUGGAUUACUAGCGACUACACUCCUCAAAUCACAGAUUUCAUAUUGUCAAAUUUACAUGAUAGAUCUAGAGUUUCUUUGUAUCCAUUUCUAACCUCGGACGAAGGAGACGGCGACUCUCUCUUGCUGUACGCUGUGCGCAAUGGGCGGCAAGAGAUUUUGGAUGCGGUAUUUGGAUUGAAGCUGAAAACGACAGAAAAGGAUGAAUCUUCAAGAAAAGCCACGAUUUUAGACUCCAUCCGCAGCGAAGAGCUCUUAAACGUCGCCAACAAAAAGGGCACUGUACCGUUGAUUCACGCCUGCGCACUAGCUGGGGAGUCUCUGCGGAUGCUGGAUGCGGUCUUGAAGUGUGCGGAACAGCUGUUUGUCCGCGAAUUGAAACUAAUUUGUGCUGCUGAUUCGAACGGAAAAGAUGCUUGUUCGAGUGCAAGAAAUCUGGAAGAAGCAUGCUGUCGCAUCAUUCAAAGCUCGACGUCGGAAGAGGACCGAGAGAAUUUAGACCAGCCACCCAGCAUCAUCGAACUUGAGACUACCUCCGACAAAAUUUUCGAAAACUAUGACGCGGAUGUGGAGGUCUUCGACUUGAAUCACCAGGAUAAGCGUGGAAACACGUGUCUUCAUAUCGCUGCAGCCUUUGGCUACGCUUCGGCAGUUGAGAAGGUGAUGCGAUGGAGUAGGAAGAUGGGAAGUGUUCGAUUGAUACCUCCUUCUAGAGAAACAAGUGCGUCUCCACCCGAACAACUACUCUCCGCGACAUCACCAACCACGUCAGGAAAACAAGGUGAAUUUUCACCCCCCUCUAGAUCAGGUUCUACAGCCACUGCUGGUGCCACUGCCAACUCUUCUGAUCAAAACAAGGCAAAGCCUUCGAAGCCCUUAGUUACCCCAUUGGAUCUGAAUCUCAAGAACCGGGAAGGCUUGAGUGUAUUGCUACUCGCGGCUGGUGCUGGACGACUACAAGUUUUAGAGACGCUUUGUCUCGAGGCUGAGGAAACUGCUUUUAGCCGUGGCGUUGCGGCUGACGUGGAACUGGACAUGAAAGGCAAGGACCCAAAGGGCAAGAAUGCGCGACAACGUGCAAAGGCUUCGGGUUGUGACGAAGUGGAAGUGUUUUUGAAAAGCUACAAACCAAAACCACGAACAUCGGGAUUAAAAGGAGACUCUAGCUGCACAACAGGAGAUACUUCUGCAAAAGCGACAGGACCCAAAGCCAAAGCGAAAGGCGCAAAUAAGAAAAAAAGAUAGAAAUUUGCUGUGGUCGUCAAGCAAAGCAGGGUUGCUUUUGUUGAGUAACGCACAUGCGUGCUGAUCUGAAUACGUUG